AUGACAGUAUGGCAUCAAUACAAGAAGCCUCCUUAUACAACGCUUGAACAGGAAUACCUCCUAAGGGCAGCAAUACUCAGGGAAAACCAGAGCCACAUGACAGAAUUCCUUCUUCUGGGACUGACCAGUGACCCCAAACAACAGGUAUGGCUUUUUGCUGGCUUUCUUGCCAUGUACCUGGCCAAUGUGAUUGGCAACUCAGUCAUCAUUGCAGCCAUCCGGGGAGAUACCCACCUACAUACUCCCAUGUACUUCUUCCUCUCCAACCUAUCCCUGGUGGACAUCUGCUUUACCACUGUCAUUGUGCCACAAAUGCUAGUAAACUUGCUAACUCAGAGAAAGACGAUCCUCUUUACCCAGUGCCUCGCUCAAAUGUACUUCUUUGUGGCCUUUGGUAUUACAGACAGUUUCCUCUUGGCUGCAAUGGCCAUUGACCGUUAUGUUGCCAUCUGCAAUCCACUUCAUUACACCACAACCAUGAGUCCCAGGCGCUGUCGCUUGCUAGUGAUGGUAUCCUGGGCAGUGUCCCAUCUUCACUCACUCACCCAUACGAUUCUUAUGGGCCGCCUUUCUUUCUGUGGAGCCAAUGUUAUCCAUCAUUUCUUUUGUGACGUGCAGCCACUGCUGACACUCUCCUGCUCUGACACCUCUAUCAAUGAGCUUUUGGCCUUCACAGAGGGCUCUAUCGUGAUCAUGAGCCCUUUCAUCUUUAUUGUCAUCUCUUACGCCUAUAUCACUCGGUCUGUUCUGAGGGUCCCCUCAGUGGGGGGAAGGUACAAAGCAUUCUCUACCUGUGGGUCUCACUUCACAGUUGUGACACUAUUCUAUGGAACCAUAAUAUCUGUGUACAUUCGCCCCUCAUCCACCUACUCGGUGACAAAAGACCGAGUGGUCACUGUCAUCUACACAGUAGUUACCCCCAUGUUGAAUCCUUUCAUAUACAGUCUUAGGAACAAAGACAUGAAACAGGCCUUGAAAAAACUGACUAGAAGAACAUAG